UUUCCGUACAAAUAGUGCCUUAUAGUUUCUAAAAAUAACAAAAUAUCUUUUUUAUUAUUAAUCGCUUCAAAUGCACAAAUGUUGCGGCACAAAUCAAAGAAAAAUACCCCAACGGCGGGUGAACGGUCUGCAGCUUCCCCUGAACUGGUACCAGGUGGUCUGUUGGCUCGUCAUCGUAGCCACGGCGAUCGUAAACUUCGUCGUCCUUAUUAACAUACAAUUUUACGAGCUACGAUUGGCAUCCUUCGUGAUUUACGCCGUUUUGUAUUCGUGUCACUUGAUAUCGCACGUGGCUGCGCUGCUGCUGGAUCCGGCCGAGGAGGAUCUCCGAAAAAUGGAAUUGAACACCAUCCCCGAGUUCGACCGCUCCGUCCACGCCCACGUCAUAGAAAACGGAAGGUGCCACCUGUGCAACAUAAACACUAGCAACAAGAAGACUAAACACUGCGGCCUCUGUAAUAAAUGUGUCUACCACUUCGAUCACCACUGUAAAUGGCUAAACAACUGCGUGGGGAGAAGAAAUUAUACGGCGUUCGUGAUAUGCGUCGCUUCGGCUCUUCUGCUGUCGAUCUAUACUACCUCAUUAUGUAUAAUAGAUGUUAUAUUUUUCCUCACUAACAUGGGUCACCUGAGCAAAUACGUACAGAACUACAUCGCAUGCCCGAUGAUACCUAAGUUUCUUAUUACCAAAUACUGUCCGAGAUCAGUAGCGUUCCUAACUUUUUUAAUAUUGCUAGGCUUGUGCGGUUUUGUGAUCGCGUGUGCUCUGCUGCAUUUGCUGUGUUUUCAUAUUUACAUAGCGGUUUUAGGAGUUUCGACGUACGAAUAUAUCGUCCAAAACAGUAAUCAAGACGCGCAGCACAAGUGUAAUAUGGGAAAGUUUUAUUUUAUUAAGAAAAAAAGCAAGGAGCCGGCCAGUAGCGGCCCCAAUGAGAACGUAUCUGUGAUAGAUUCCGGUGUUAGCAACUUGAUAAGUAUCUUGAUCAAUAAGGAAAUCGUCAAAGCCAAGAACAAGUACGGACCAGACCGUAACAAAAUUUACCCCGGCGACGAAAACAUUAUAAGCUAACAAACCUGAGCCAUGUUAAAUGAUUGAGACCAAAGUUUUUUUUAAAUAUUUUUUGCAAUAUAUGUGUAAUUUAUA